AAAAAGUAGACCUAGACAGCAGUCAGGACUGAUCUGGUUUAAAUUAAGGCUGAUUUCUAAAUGGUGUUCAAUGCAAGAUCAGGAUUAGUGACGAGUGCAGAAUGGAGAUGAAUCAGAAUGUAUAUGCAAACGCAGGAGUUACUGCAUAUAAUACAAUUCAUUCAGAUAAUGGCAUUUAUGAGAAUGAGCUGAAAUUGGAGACUCGCUGGAACAAGAACAAUCAGGAUCCUGUGAACUCAGGAGGAGACAAUACAACGAGCAGAUGUUACAGAGUGACUGCAGUGUGUGUGCUGCUGCUGUGUGUUCUCCUGCUGACUGCCAUGACAAUACUGUGGAUCAAAUUCAACAUCCUGACUACAGAAAACAACCAGCUACAGACCAGAUACAACAACCUGACUAAAGAGAGAGACCAGUUACAGACCAAAUACAACAACCUGACUAAAGAGAGAGACCAGUUACAGAAGGAUAGAGAGGAACUCCAGAGGCUUUCUAAACUGGGAUGGAUGUAUUUCAGCUCCAGUGUUUAUUACAUCUCUACUGUGGAGAAGAGCUGGAAUGAGAGCAGACAGUACUGUAGUGAGAGAGGAGCAGACCUGGUGAUCAUAAACAGCAAAGAGGAACAGGAGUUCAUCGGUAAAACCCUGUGCAGCAGAAAAGCUUGGAUUGGUCUGAAUGACAGAGACAGAGAGAACGUGUGGAAGUGGGUGGAUGAUACGACACUGACCACUGGGUACUGGGGACGUGGAGAACCCAACAGUAAAGUAGGAGAUGAGGAUUGUGUUAUAACAGGUGAAAUGUCUGAUGCUGUCUGGACCUGGGCUGAUUAUCCCUGUAACUAUGAGUUUAUCUGGAUCUGUGAGAAGACAAUCUUUAACUGAAUUGCUGCAUAUGAAUGAAAAGCAGUAAAUUGAAUUAACAUUUUUAUCUGUGUUGGUCAGUGUGUUGUGCCUAAAACAUUCUCAUUACUGUUAAUAACUCUGUAACCAUCAUGGUGUCAGCUGUUUUUCUUUCAGAGCCUAUUUUUCCAUUUAGGAAAUGGUACAGAUUGUAUAGCAGUUAUGUGUAAGCAUAAGUGUAAAUAUGGUUAAGAUCAUCAAUCAGGUGUAAAUUUGUCACUUUGUACUGUGAUGACAGUUCCGAUUCAAAUUACUCAAUGGCACAUCCAUCCUCUUUUGGCUUCCUCUUUGUCCUUUCUUUUUAUAACUCAUGAUACAGGGUGUGAAAUCACAGUGCUACAAGAUCACAGGGAAAGAAACACCUGAACAGAAAAAAAAUAAAGUGUCAGUGUACAACAAUUCAUUCAUCUCUGCUGGGUUCCUCUAGCUGCCUACAGUAUUGUAAAGCAUUAUAAUAGCACAAUGUACUGAAUGAUUUAUGGAUUCAUUAGGGUUCAUUAGGACUUUACAAGGUCAGCAUCUGGACUGCAGACCACCAGUUGAUGACCCCGGAUCUGUAUG